AUGCAGUCCAUUGACCACUUGUUGAUCAAGAACGCACGUCUCAAGGGACAAGCUCGCGCUGCAGCCCGCCAAAACGGAGUGAGCGAAGUACCUCUAAACGCAUUCAAGACCUUGGUCGACAUCCUUGCGAAGGCCAAGAUCACUUUGCCGACCGAUAUCGAAGCUAUCUUGUGGAGUGUCAUCACCGCUCGCAAAGAAUGUGCAGGGUUCUACCGAGCGAAACCAGAGCGAGAAGCUGGUGAUGACCUUGAUGAUGAAGGCCAUCAGUUCUUCAUCGACAUCCUCGAUUACUAUUACCACACGCUUAAAGCGCCGACAGCAGGCAAGACCAAAGAAGAACGCGAGAAAGGAGCAUCUGCGAAUAGUCGCACAUCCAACUUCUUCGAACACCUCAGUCUGGUUCAAGAGCAUGCUGAGCCAUCGGGCUACGUGCCUUCGGUAUCGACAGACAUGCAGAGCCGAAGCUACCGUAUCAAGGAGUCCUCCAACCGAAAGAGUGAAAAGGCAUUUGCGCUUUUCUGUUUCCUCAAAGAUAUGACAGCAAUUCGUUUAUUUGUCCACAAAACCUGGCGCGGAUACAAGGAACGUAGCCUGGCGCUCACCACAGCAGCGACGACCGCCAAUGUCGCAGUUGACAUCUUGCGACGGGUGAACGAGGCCUUCCUCAAAGACUUUCCAGAAUUCGAAAGCCACCACAAAGUGAUCAAUUUCCUUGAGAGCUUCGAAGAACAAGGUACCAGCGGCAUCACCCGGAAAGACGAGAUGGGCUGGUACGAUCUCGAUGACUUCAAACUGUCACCGCAAACCUUCGUCUGCAAAGACACUUAUAACGUAUAUUUUCGAGACCACCUCUUCGAUCACGACGGCAAGAAGGAAGUGAUGGUAGAUUAUCACUCUGGCAGGAAAACUGCCAGAACCGAGCAGACUCACAUGAGAAGGUGCCUUAGCGUCUUCUUGAGCCUCUCUAGGUCAGCCGAUGUGGGCGCAUUCACACGAGACCAUGAUAUCCUAGCUCGCGCAAUUCACACAAUCGAUGAGGAGCAAAAAGCAAGCACUUGGAUCAUAUUCGCACUCCAGAUGUUCGUCGACAUGCACCGUGAGCUUGGUGCGGAAGUGCCUCGUGCGCAUAGGGAUCUCCUGGAUGGUAACGCAAGAAUGAGUGGCGCAUUGAGACGGUACAUCGACUUUGCACAAAAUCACGACGGCGAAUGGGGCCGAUACUUGUACACACAACUAGCCGACUCAUGGCAUCGCCUUCUUGAGACUCUUGAAAGGGUUGACCAUGUCAGCGACACGUUCAAGAUGCACAAUUCGUGGCUCGGGGGAGGAACCUUGGUGGAUGGCCCGUUCUACCUCGAGAACCAACCAACCUAUGCUGGAUGCACACUAGAGCGUCAUAAGGAAGGUGUGCACCUGUUCGGUGUUGAGGCUGCAAGACAUUCCGAGCAACUCUUGUUCGCCUGCCACAUCUACAAUGCUGGACUCAAGAACGGGCUGCUGCGACGGUGGCCUGACAUGGAAUAUCUGAUUGCCAAGCAAACCGAGACGCACCUGUUCCUAGGAACCCGUCCGGUCGGUUACGAAGAGUGCGACAAGCGUCUACUUCUAAUGCGAGGAUUCAGUCCCAGUGUGCUUGCCAAACACAAGCGCGCCGGCAGGCCAAUGUAUGAGUUGUUCGAGACGAUGGACACGAAGAAGAACUUAGGCGGCCGCAAACUGGAAAUCUUCUCCGCUUUCGUUAGACAGGCUUCCGCUUUUGACGGCCUCAAGCGGGUGAUGCUGAAGACGGACGAGAAUGGCAAGAAUAAAAACGAGCCGAUCUGGCUUCUGGAGCGCGUAGUCCGACAUCGGCUGGAAAAGGGGUCGAAGACGUCGAAGCAAGGUAAGCGUCGUAAGCAGGAACUCAGUCCUCUCCAGACGCUUGAGACUUAUCGAGACGCCAUGAAGGAGGAUGAGUUCCUUCUCAAUUUUGACAUCAUGACGCUGGAUCUCAUCGCCAACAAAAUGAUCCAUGUGAUCAAAGCCUGGUUGCGAGACUUUGGAGACUUGAAAGCUGGCUCGGUUCCUGGAUCCAAAGUCAGUCUGAAAUGUAUCCGAGACAUCGCAAUGGCAUCUGCGAUGUUGUCCUCGGCAAACAAGAAGCCGGAAAUCUGGGACGUCCUCGAUCACAUCAUUAGUCGCGUCGGCAAUAUGUGUUACUUGCGCGCAGAGGCCCAUCGCGGUACCGUGAACCUUCAGCCUCGCAACCCGGCAUACGAAGGGCAGUUUCUUCCUACUGCUGCAGUCUUUGGCGGCCCAAACUCGCCAGAGGUCCCUGAAGACUGGGAGAAUAAGUGGGAUAUCGUUGCUGGGAAGGGAGCGUAUGACUACCACGUCUCUACUACGGCGCUUUUGACAUUGGAGCAGAGAGCCGCCGAUAAGGCGCGUGAGGAGUUUUUGGAGAAGCUCAUUCCUAUCAAUUAUCCGGACUACAGCCAGGAACAAAUUUGUCUGGAUCUUGGAAUGGAGUAUAGGGAUGUCAAGCGAUCGUUUCUUGUGCAUUAA